AUGUCCUCGUCCCUAGACGGCCUCAAGGCCGCGCUGGAGCGCAUCGUCGCCGAGCCGCGGUACCACGAUCUCCUGUCACUGCUCAAGACAGCGCGCAACGGUGCCGUGUAUGGGACCAAGGUGCGGUUCCCGCAUGCUCUGGUCAUGAUCUUUUUGUUUCGGUCUGGAACGUUCCGACAAAAGGUCUCGCUCGUGCUGAGAGCGACGAGGAAGCACGCAAGCAACCUGGCGAGGUUCGCGACGAUAUACAAGUUGACGACGCUGGCGCUCAAGCACUUUGGGCCGACGCCGGGCAAGGAGGGCCCCUACGACUCCUUCUUUGGCGGCCUUCUCGGCGGCUAUAUCGUCUUCGGGCAGCGGUCCAAGCGGUCGGGCAAGAUUUCGUCGGUCAAUCAGCAGAUUGUCGUCUACAUCUUUGCGCGCGUGUGCCUGGCCCUGGCGCGGCUGGCCGUCAAGCCGGGCCACGGCCUGCCGCGCGUGUCGAGCGAGCCGCUGCACUCAGCCGUCAACUACUAUGCCUGGCCGGCCUUCGCCUCGCUCUCGUGGGCGGCCGUCAUGCUCCUCUUCCGCUACCACCCGGAGGACCUGCAGCCCAGCCUGCGCAGCAGCAUGACGUACAUUUACAGCGACUGCGACCACUGGGACUCGUUGCGGACUCUGCUGUGGCACAACAAAUAG